AUGGCCUUAGAGCCAGAUCGUCAACCUGCCUACAAGUACCUCCCUAUGUCCCAGGGGCAAGCCUUGAUUCGCAUCCUCAACUUGUUGCCGGGAUUCGGCAGCAUGCAGAUUCGGUGUGUCACUGAAGUCCACCCAGUCGACAGAGCACCGCCAUACACCGCGCUCUCCUACACUUGGGGUCUGGAGGAACCGCGACAAGAGAUCGAACUCGACGGCCAGUUGUUCAUGGUCCGGCCCAAUCUUCACAACUUUCUCCGAAGAAUCCGACACGACAAAUCAACCUGUGUCAUAUGGAUAGAUGCAAUAUGCAUCGACCAGGAGAACCCCGUUGAAAAGGGUCACCAGGUGGCCAUGAUGGGAGAUAUCUACAGAUCAGCCCGCGAUGUCCAGGUCUGGCUGGGCGAGGCUGCGGAUAACAGCGACCAAGCCAUGGACUUGUUGCUUGAAAUUGAGGGAAGUGGUCGGACCAUGGACGAGCAGCGCAACAAUAUUGUCAGAGAAGUGUACAGGCAGCGAGUCGGGAAGCCUCUUCUCAAGCUUUAUACUAGGCCCUACUGGCAACGCGUCUGGAUCCUCCAGGAAGUCUUCCUAGCCAAGGACAUCAGGAUAAUCUGCGGCUCUCGAGAUUUCGACCCGAGCAGGAUGUAUCCCGGCGACCAAUUCAUGUCGCCAUGGCGUAUCGUGUUGUCGCAAAGCGACAUCGAGCCUACAGAUGUCGUUUUCAGGCUCGAGCAGUUCGAUGCCAUCGGGCGCCCCUCGCCCCACAACCCCGAGGAAUUUCACUGCAUCGGAAUCGGUGCUUAG